AGCCUUGUUCAGUCUGUUUCACAGCUUUUGGUUUCUGUUUUUCAUGGCAAUAAAUGUACCGAUAGUUUGUUGGAUUUGUGAGAGGAGUUUUUUUUUUCUGUGUGACUGGAGGUCAAAUAUUUAAGUUGCUUCAGUCUUUCAUGUCUAUUAAAUUUCCAGCUCUCUCCUCGUAUGUUUCCUGUUAAAGACUGUGUUUGUUUCCUCUGUUGCUAAUUUGUUAUUUUUUUAUCCUCCGUCCUGUUUGUCCUUGUCGUGACCCUUUGUGUGUCUCUAACUUUGGAAUCAAGAAGAUUACAGUAUUUAGGCCUUCACUAAAUCUCAGAGCAUCAUUUAAAAAUAAUAGACGUCGAUUACAUCGGACGAUUAUACGUGGCCCGUCAGGCAUAUCGAUCAUCUUAGCUUCGUGCUCAAGAACCGCCACGCCUGAGCUAAUGACCCGACAUUACAGGCCUUUUAAACUGCAUCGUAAUGGAAUGACUUCAUUACCAGGUCUGAUGUCGACCUGUGAAUCCAGAAAUGACACAAACUCCUCAAACAUGGACACUCUCUGGAGAACUCGCCUCACGUUAUGCUGCGGAGGAAUGCAGCUUUUCGCCUGUAAAGUGCCACAAUAGCUAAUUAGCCACCUGACCACAGCGCCACCUCACGCAGCCCCACCUCACCACAGCGCCACCCUUACCAAGUCAUGACAUUCUGGUCAUUUUUUCUAUUUCAAAGGCCCCAAAUCCACCCCUGCAAUUUCAGCUCCUGUUGCCUGAACUCUGUCAUUGGACGGUCCUGCGUGUGUGUGUGUUUUCUAAAAUGGGACGAGACCAGUUUAAAUGGUGUUAUUUCAGGAGAGCCUGUCGAAUGCGUGGGACUGAGAAAUACCAGCCUUACUUCUUACUGUGUUGCUCAAGUCUGGAGGCAACAGAGACAACGUUUCUGCAGAGAACGGCAACAUGAGUUACUCAAUAUUAAAGCUGCUUGUUUUUAUCAGCAGGUGCGGGAUUAUCUCGGCACUUGUGAUGUUUAAUCUCAGGUUCAAAUAAUAAUAAUAAUAAUAAAAAAGCGAUGCCCUGCUCAUCUUUACUAAAACGCCGUGCUCUUCAUCAAAAUCAACAUAAUUUUCAACAUCACGUCUGAACCACGGUCCAGAGAGAAGAUCCUGAAACUUUUUUUUUUCCCUCCUCGCCCUGGCCGUCUGUAAACCCCUCCCUAAUUCCACAGCAGUGUCUGAGGCUUUCCUUGGAUUUGCAAGUGGCAUGAGUCACAAUAGCCAUUUAAAAAGGCUUUCCCGUUGACCCGAGGUUUGAGCCAGGUCACUGGAGCUCAUGUGGCCCGUCCGUCCGUCCGUCUGUGUGAGAUGAAGGUCAUGGUGCUGCCCUGCCGUGUCGUCGUCGUCGUUUUCCUCUUCUCCUUCCUUGUCCUGCUGCCUCGUCCAUGUUCCACGGCGUCCAUAUUUAUUCCGGAGGCAGCGAGCUCGCCCUCUGCAGAACCACAGGUUGACUUGGAGCUGGCCACAGAUUACCUGCAGCAGUAUUACCACCUGCAGAAAGAGCCCGCGGGCCGCAUGAAGAGGAGUGGUCCGACCUUCACCUCCAAAGUGAAAGACAUGCAGAUCUUCUUCGGGCUGAAUGUAACCGGCGAGCUGGACUCCGACACACUGGACGUGAUGCGGAGCCCCAGGUGUGGCGUUCCAGACGUAGAGGAGUACAGCACCCUCCAGGGGUCAAGGUGGAACAAGAACGUCAUCAGCUACAGGAUCGGCAGGUACACCAGGGAUUUGCCCCGCAGCACCGUGGACUCACUGGUUGAGUCAGCGUUCAGCGUUUGGGCCAGAGCUGGUGGCCUCAGCUUCGUCAAGAGCCAAACCUCCCACGCUGACAUCAUGGUGGAGUUUGUGACCCGCGAACACGGCGACCUGUUCCCGUUCGACGGCCCCAGAGGAACGCUGGCUCAUGCCUUUGGUCCGGGGUUGGGUUUCGGUGGUGACACGCACUUCGAUGACGAUGAACUCUGGACGACUGGAAACAGAGGAUUCAAUCUGUUGGUCGUAGCUGCUCAUGAGUUUGGUCAUGCCCUGGGAUUAAAGCACUCCAGGAACCCGGAGUCUCUGAUGUACCCCAGCUACAGAGCCUCCCGUCCCGCCCACCUGUUAUCGAGAGAAGAUGAGACAAAUAUCAAGGCACUUUACAAUCGAGCCGGAGGACGUCCAAUCCUUUUUCCAAGGUUUGGCUGGACGUCUCACUACAACCCGUGGACAUCUGGGUCUCUGUUCCCUCGACUCCUGCAGAACAGAUGUUCUCCAGACCUGACCUUUGAUGCAGUGUCCACUCUUGGAGACGCAACGUUUUUUUUCAGAGGAAGGUAUCUGUGGAUAAAACAUAAUGAACAGUUGGACAUAAAGGAGGGGCCGAUCUCCAACUUUAUGCCCAGGAUUGAAACAAACAUCGAUGCAGCGUUUUGGGUCCCACGCAGAUCGACUGCUUACCUCAUUCACGAGUCCAUGUUCUGGACGGUGAAAGGGUCACGGAUGAAGGGGAAGCCCAGGUCACUCAGCCACUUUGGGUUCCCGGCCUGGGUGCAGGACGUGGACGCAGCCGUGCAUCUGGUGAAAACAGGACGCACACUUUUCUUCAUGCAUGACAUCUACUGGAGUUACAACGAAAAUCGGAGGAUUAUGGAUUUUGGUUACCCCAAGUACAUCAGCGAAGGUUUCCCAGGAGUCAAUGCGACCAUAAACGCGGCUGUUCAUAAAGACGGUUUUCUUUACUUCUUCGUGGGCCCGCAAGUCUACAAAUACGACAACACCCAGAAACGUGUUGUCGGGGUCGAGAAAACAAACUCCUGGCUCGGAUGUUGAAGCAUCAACGAAAUGAUACGAUUGAAAACAUAAAAUAAAAAAAAAAUAGAAAAAUCCCUUUUUUGCGAUGUUGCACAUGUGAUAAAUUGCUACAAUAAAAAGAACGAUAAUGUUAAUUUACGUUGUCUGUUCACUCACUUU